UCUUAUAGACAAUAUGUUAGCUACUCUGGAUCCACAGUCACACCGUGUGUGUCAGUGUGGCAAACAAGUAGUUGUGAGGUGUCUGGACUGCCUGCCUCUUCCAUUCCUUUGUGCUGACUGUGAUAUUGCAGUUCACACACGCUUUGUCCUGCACAGCAGAGAGGCAGUAACAGGAGGGUUUUUGCAGCCUUCAUCAGAGUUUCACAAUCCAAUAUUUCGGCUGUUGCCUGUGCAAAGACCAGACUGUGUGUGACUGCCCAGCAGGUAACGUUGAGGUUUCACCCGGUGCAAUUGUGGCUCUUGUAACCAUAAAUGGCCGUUAUAACCUUGCACUGCCAGUGGUGAGCUGCACCAGCUGUGGCCUAAUGUGGUCCCCCUCAGUUAAGGACUUCCAGGGUGGUGGAUAUUGGCCUGGCACCUUAAAUUUCUGCACCCUGUUUUCAAUGGAUGUCUUUCAGUCUUUCUAUGACAUUAAGAAGCUGCAGCAGGGAUGUCACUUAAGGCCUUUGUCAAAGUGCUGGAUGAACGAACAGCCCAUUUUGGAAGGACUGGCCGAAUAUCAGCUGAUGCCUUCAGCAAAAGUUUCUUGGAGUGGAGUGCUGUAAAGUUUGAGGUGGACAGGAUGUGCAAGGAGCCAUGCUUUAGCUGCCCUGCCUGCACUCCAGACAUGCUCGCCGUCUCAGUUGAUGGAAACUGCAAGCUUUAUCGCUUUCAAUCAAAUGCAAGCACUUCAGAGCAGGGGAACUUUGAAGGUGUCUUCAUUGAGAAAGAUGAGGAAGUUGCUGAGUUUGUGAAAUACAUCCAGAGACACACAAAUGAUAUCAAAUGGGGAGGUGCGUUUCAGGAUGGGGCCGGUUCUACAGUUGGAGAAGAGGUGGAGCAAGUAAACAGUUUCCUGUCUAGGGCGGCCAUCACAACGAAGUACAUGUCUAAAGCAGGGCGAACAGACAUGCUGAGCCUCCUGGCUUUGGGCUGGAACAAAAGGAAAGUGGAACAACUGGGCCGCACUUUGAGCCAGAGAUAUCUAAAGGUCAUUUUUUCAACACCCAUUUUAAUGUGUGUGGUAAUGGGGCAAAAACACCAGUACUCUAAAAAUGUCCAUAUGAAUGACAUUUAUUAA